AUGCUUUUCAACUUCACUGCUCGUCGGGAGGCUAUUGAAAACGAUGGUGUCUAUGUUGGUGGAUAUGGUAUCCGCAGGGCAUUUAAGGCUGUCAAGCAUGAUGGCGUAUACGACACUAGCGAAGACAGGAUCGAAGCAAUGAAUGCAGUCGAGCAGGACUGGGAGGCCAAAGAGGAGCGAGCUCUGGUUCGGAAACUGGACUUUCGUGUUUUACUCCCUUGCUGCCUGGUGUAUUUCAUGGCAUAUCUCGAUCGAGCCAACCUGGGAAAUGUCAAAGUGCUUCAGGUUGGGACGUCCAGCUCGCUUGUUUCGGCCCUUCACCUUGAAGGUACCCAGUUCAACUGGGCAGUCUCAAUUUCAUACUUUGCUGUGACAGCGCUGCUUUUGCCGUCUACUAUCGUUCUCAAGAAAUAUUCCGCGAAAAGAUACUUUCCAUGCGCCAUGAUUCUCUGGGGCACCGUUGUCAUGGCCAUGGCUGGAAUAAAGAACGGGGCUGGACUUCUGGCAGCUCGAUUUUGCCUUGGUAUCCCCGAGUCUGGAAUUGUUCCCUGCUGUGUCAUGUACUUCAGCUUCUGGUAUCGGCCACGAGAACGAGCGCUCAGGCUCGCGUUUUUCCAUGUGUCAAACUCAAUUGCCGGGGCCGUCUCUGGGUUUCUGGCAGCGGGGCUGGAUCAUCUUGAUGGCAAAGGCGGUCUUAUGUCCUGGCAAUGGGUGUUCAUCAUAGAAGGCGCCAUUCCCUUAGUAAUGGCGCCUGUGAUUUACUUUUUGCUCCUUACUUUCCCCGAAGACUCUACUGCACUCUCUGAUCGAGAGCGGUAUAUUGCAAUCAACCGCUUCGGUCGUGGUGCAACUCGGUCUACGGAUAUAACCUGGGAUACAGCAGCAUUUAUUCGCAUCAUGACGCGGCCGUCUACAUACUGUUUCUUCAUUACUUAUAUCUGCUUAACUACUGUUGCCGUGUCCCAGGCAACGUUUUUGCCCUCUAUUUUCCAUUAUUUCUUGAAAUUCGGGGCUUCCAAGUCCAAUAUCUAUACUGCUGCUCUGAACCUGGCUAUUAUAGCACCAUACCUAGUGGUUCCAUGGCAUAGUGACAAGGUCCGGGAACGCAUCUGGCAUUAUCUCUUCUGCAUGCUUUCCAGCAUACCCUGUUAUGGGGUCUGGCUUUACUUCUCUUACCACUCAGAUGAUACCUCUAUCGCACCGAUUAGCCUGUAUGGAGUUGCUCUCCUCGGCAUGAUGGUGGUAGUUGCCCAGCCUGUCAUCUUAAGCUACCGCUCUGCCACUUUAUACGGUGCAGCAGAACAAUCAGUCGGCACUUCAGCUGCUGUUGCAAGCUUGUCGAUAGCCAGUAUCAUCGCACCUCAGAUGUUCCCAGACACGGAUGCUCCACUCUUCCACAGCGGCUUUAUAGGAUGUGUGACCCUGCAAGUCAUUUGUGUUAUCUCCUGUUUAUGCAUUCCGAUUCUUCUCCUUCUAGAGGCCGAGCACCGCAAAAGAAAAACAGGGCAUGCGAUGCCACUGCGCGCUAUCUUGGAUGCGGAGAAUUCGCAAGUCUCAGAGGCGGCGUUGGCCCGGUUGCAUGCAAUCCAGGAACAGGAGGCUAAAGACCUCGAGGAUAUGAAGAUUGGAGCUUCUGGGGGAAAUGUGCAGCAUGUGGAGGAUGUUGAGAAUCGUUGA